AUGCGCUCCCGCCGCCGCGGGGGCGGCGGGCAGCCCCCCUGGCCCGUGCCCAGGAUGCUGGCACUGUGCCUGCUGUCCCUGGCGUGGCUCAGCGAGGGCUCUCAGCGCAGCGAGCCCAUGUUCGCAGCCGUCACCCACCGCCUCCUCCCGCCCGACUACGACAGUAACCCCACGCAGCUCAACUAUGGCGUGGCCGUCACCGACCUGGAUGCCGAUGGUGACUUCGAGAUCGUGGUAGCAGGGUACAAUGGCCCCAACCUGGUGCUCAAGUACGACAAGGCACGGGGGCGGCUGGUGAACGUGGCAGAGGACGAGCGGAACUCCCCAUACUACGCACUGCGGGACCGGCAGGGCAACGCCAUCGGCGUGACGGCCUGCGACAUCGACGGGGAUGGCCGCGAGGAGAUCUACUUCCUCAACACCAACAACGCCUUCUCUGGCAUGGCCACCUACACGGACAAGCUCUUCAAGCUCCGCAACGGGCGCUGGGAGGACCUCCUGAGCGACGAGGUGAACCGGGAUGUGGCUAGCCGCUUUGCCGGGCGCUCUGUUGCCUGCGUGGACCGGAAGGGCUCCGGCAGGUACUCCAUCUACAUCGCCAACUACGCCAGUGGCAACGUGGGCCCCCAUGCCCUGAUCGAGAUGGACGUGGCUGCCAGUGACCCUGCCCGCGGCGUCGUGGUGCUGGUGGAUGUGGCCGCCCAGGCUGGCGUCAACAAGUACACAGGGGGCCGUGGGGUUGCUGUGGGCCCCAUCCUGAGCGACAGCGCCUCUGACAUAUUCUGCGGUAAUGAGAAUAGCCCCAAUUUCCUCUUCCACAACUUGGGCAACGGGACGUACCAGGACGUGGCGGCUGCUGUGGGGCUGGAUGACCCUUACCAGCACGGACGUGGUGUGGCGCUGGCUGACUUCAACCGCGAUGGCCGGGUGGACAUAGUCUAUGGCAACUGGAACGGGCCACACCGCCUCUACCUGCAGAGUGGGGCCCCCGGGCGUGUCCGAUUCCGG